ACGCGCACAGCACAGGUAUUUUGCCGGUGGUCCCUGCUCGAGCCUGCUGCUGCUGCGGACUUUUUAAUAUGUUCAUCAGAACUGUAGCUCGCCUGGGAUUUGCUGUCGGGGUAGACUAGCCACUGUAAUUCAUGUAGUUAGAUCUUAAGUAAUAGGGUUCAAAUACCACCUAAUCUCUCCAGACUAUUAAACGUUGACCAGCGGACUGACGGAGUUCUUCACUGCAGCAACACUCCGCACUGACCACACGUCCUCCUGACCGUUUUAUCACAUUUUACUUUACAUUUCAACUUCAUUUCUCCCUUUGGCUUUGUCAUUUAUGACCAUUUAAUAUUGUUGCACUCAUCGGGAAAAUUUAGCUAACUUCGACGCUCCUCGGAUCUUGUUUUAUUUCUUCGGGAUCCUUGUGAAAGUCCCGUUACGCGCUGGAUAUGUGGUGGAUGUUGUUUCCUCGAUGGAUCUGGUUUCUCUUUGGACAGUGCUACGUCUUGCUCCUGAUCAUAGACAGCUGUGUGAGGGUGAAAGCGAUGCCAAUGUCCAUGCCCAACAAAGUGGUGUACUCUCACGCGGGCAUGUGCCCCAACGAGAUGAACCCCAACCUGUGGGUGGACGCCAUGAGCACCUGUAUGCGCGAGUGCGAGUUGGACCGGGUGAGUUUCUGGGAUCAGUUUUCCUCGCGGGCUGGAGACAAAUAGGGGACACUUUAUUGUGUCAAAAGUUUAUCUACAUAAAGUUUCUGCAAUUUCAUUAAUGGAAUGAAAGGUGGAGAUAAGUGGGACAUGCGCACUCCGCACUGUUUUUGGUCAUUAAAAUUCAAUUGUGACCACAUUGCCUCUGUUGUUUAUUUCUGCAUUUCUCUUUGAAUUAGAUUGAAUAUCUCCUCAAUCAGAUAUUUGUUCAUAGACUACAGUUUUUGGAAAUAGCAGACACUGGUGUAUAUACCCACAAUAUUACAUUUGUUGUCAACAGAUUGUUCACCUAGUCAGCUCAGUAAUUCGAACCAGCAACCUUUCAGUUACUGACCCAACACUCUUAAGCGCUAGGCUACCUGCCACCCAUGACUAUUCACUCUAAUAACUUGUAUUACUCUGCAUUAAGAGAUAUUGAGAAGUAAGCACGUAAAAUGUAUAGCCUACAAUACCAACCUCACAUUGCAUAGUAUUGUUUCAUUACAUUAGAAAAUGCAUCACUCUCAAGUUCCUUAACAUCCUAUAUGUUCCCUGAGUGCAUAAUGAACUGAACCAUGCUGAUCCUAACAGAACACCUCCCAUGUAUCCCCUAUCACCCCCAAGGACUGUGAAAACUUUGAGAAAUGCUGCAACAACGUGUGUGGGAACAAGAGCUGUGUGGCGGCGCGCUACAUGGACAUUAAGGGCAAGAAGGGGCCGGUUGGCAUGCCAAAAGGGGUCAAGUGUGACAAGUUCAUGUGUACGCAGCAGGGCUCCGAGUGCGACAUCUGGGAGGGCCAGCCCGUGUGUAAGUGCCGGGACCGCUGUGAGAGAGAGCCCCACUUCACAUGCGCCUCAGACGGUAUGACCUACUACAACAAGUGUUACAUGGACGCAGAGGCCUGCUCCAAGGGCAUCUCUAUCUCUGUGGUCACCUGCAGGUACCACCUCACCUGGCCAAACACCAGCCCGUUGCCCAUGGAGACCACCCUGCGGCCAACCACUGCCCUCCUGGAGACCACCCCCCCGGCCGACAUCCAUCCUCCAAUGAUGCUCAGCAGCCCCACUCAGCAGGCUGUGUUCGUGGGCGAGACAGCCAGCUUCCUGUGCGAAGUGUCAGGUAAGCCCAGUCCGGAGGUGACCUGGGAGAAGCAGCUGGAGGGCAAGGAGAACACAGUGAUGAGGCCCAAUCACGUGCAGGGGAACGUAGUGGUCACCAACAUCGGCCAGCUGGUCAUCUACAAUGCCCAGCAACAGGACGCCGGCAUCUACACCUGCACGGCCAAGAACCUGGGGGGGGCUGUGACCUCCCACAACCCCCUGUCGGUGAUCCAGAGAGACAUGGGCCGGAAGGAGGGUGAGGUAGGGAAUGCCACCAACCCGUUCCCCUUCCCCGCCGAAGAGUGCCUGAAGGGGCCGGACAGUGACGACUGUGGGGAGGAGAGCAUAAGCUGGUACUACGAAGCCAAGAGGAACAAUUGCUUCACCUUCACCUACAGCCAGUGCAACAAGAACCGCAACCACUUUGACAGCUACGAGACAUGCAUGUUGUCGUGCGGGGCGGAGCUGUCGGCUCCCUGCUCCCUCCCCAGCCUGCAGGGACCCUGUAAGGCCUACGAGCCCCGCUGGGCCUACAGCAGCACCCUCAAACAGUGCCAGUCCUUCAUCUGGGGAGGCUGUGGAGGCAAUGAAAACAACUUUGAAUCCAAAGAGGCCUGCGAGGAGAUGUGUCCUUAUCCGAAGAACCAUAACUGUAAGAUGUGUAAACCGCGGGGCAAGAUGGUGACCAGCUUCUGCAAGAGCGACUUCAUCAUCCUGGGGCGCGUGACAGAGUUGCCUGAAGAACAGGACUCGGGCCACGCCCUGAUCACCGUGGAGGAGAUCCUAAAGGACGAGAAAAUGGGCCUCAAGUUCUUCGGCCAGGAACCCUUGGAGGUGACCUUGAUGAACAUGGACUGGAACUGCCCGUGCCCAAACAUCACCACGGCCAACGGGCAGCUCAUCAUCAUGGGAGACGUCCACAACGGCAUGGCCGUGCUGCAGCCCGACAGCUUCGUGGGGAGCUCCACCGCACGCAGGGUCAGGAAGCUCCGAGAGGUCAUUCACAAGAAGACCUGUGACUUUCUCAAAGAGUUCCCAACAAACCAGUAGUUACUCUCUGAGAGAUCCCCACUAUCCUGUACAAGAGCUGUCUAUGUCAAGAAGAGCAAACUGGUUCUAGCAUCCAGUAGUAGCUAUUGUCUGAGAUUUCCCCACUAUCCAGUAGGGAAGAUAUCUAGAAGAGUAGACUGGGACUUUUUCAAAGUUUCUUACCAUUCAGUAGCCGGAUGAUGGCUUUUGUUGAUUAUUGCUUUCUCCUUCUCCUAAAGGUGGGGACUGAACAAAUACCUUAACACUGAUCCAACAAGCUGUUUCCCUACCCAUGACUUUCUCUUUAGUUUCCACAGAAGUCACAUUUUGUAUGCAUUUUGUCAUAUUUUCCACUGGCUAUCGCCUUCACUCUGAUGUUCCCCAUAUACAGUGGAUAUCUAGAAGAUCCAUGACUUUCUCAGAUGACGGCUGCUGUUAGCUGAUUCCAGAUUCUCUCUCUCCUUUACUCGGAAGUUUAGACAUUAAGUGUUGGGGCUCCUCUGUACUAUGGAAAUGGCUGGAGGUAUAUUUAAAACAACAACAGAUUUAUACUUUGUGUGGAUUCACUUUCUGAAAGGAGAGCUAAAUGUCCGUAUAUAAUACUGUAGUGAUGACUUAUAUCAAGCGCUUACCUUGGAAAUAUUUUAGUUAAACUAAAAUGUCUCUUUGAAUAAUAUUUUAAAUUCAAAUAUAUUAUCUUGGUAUGAAUAUACUAAUGCCUGUCAGAUAGCUAAACUCUGUGCCUUGGUUAAUAUGAAUGUUAUAUUAUGUUGACUUAAAGUAUCUAUGUUAUCCUGAAAGAGACGUUUUGUAAUAUAUAUUCUGAGUGCUUGAGCUCACGAUAAUGUAAUGUAAAGCUUGUGGAAUCAAACAACUCCUUUGAUUCCACUAGAAACCACUUUGUAGUUCAUGAUUGCUUAUCCAGUACAUGAACUGUUCUUAACAUCGUAUUUAUUUUUUAUCCUCUCCUUUUAGAGAUACAUCCAAUUCAAUAAUGGACAGACUUGUUUUGUGUUAUUUUGUAAAUCCAAAUGAUAAAGAUGUUCAUAACACAAUGGUAAAGAAA